AUGACGGCCGUUCUCCCUGUCUCCCGAAAGGAGCACUCACGCUUUCCCUCGGAAUCUCUCCGGUCUCCUAUCACCCAGACCUAUUUCAUAGAGGAGCCAGAGAUCGCUACCGCCAAGUCUUCUGUUCAUGGCUUUCACCCAAGAGAAUAUGCCACUCCGAUCGCGUCGCUGCACCCCUCUGACUCACCCUGUCCGGAUAUUACACUUUCUGCUGCCGGCCAUUUCUCCUCAACAACUAGCACCCUUGGCAGUUUAGCUUUGGCUGUGGGUGACGAUCAAGAUGACAGUGAAUUAAUAUUACCAUCGUAUGAUUCUCACCAUCUCAUCGCAAAGGAACCGGAGGCGCUCAGUGAGGUAUCGGUAGACUCAUCGGCAGAUUUUCAGCGGUGGAAAGCACAGACGCCAGCUGCUGAUGACAGUUCAAUUGAAGAUGAGCCAUCCAGACAUGUCGAUUACUUGUCUCACGAGUGGCGACAGGAGGAUAUAUGGGCUUCGUGGCGAUAUGUGGUCGCUCGUCGAAGCGCCUACGAUAAUGGACUAAGAUUGGAGAAUGCGUCAUGGCGGACAUGGGGCAAGCUUAAGAUGAAUUUGGGCACCGUAUCCCCAGAGACCCUGAAUUGGCUCAAAGACUGUGACGUGACGUGGCUCUACGGCCCCCUGAAAACGUGCGAUAGACGGGAAUUGACACUGAAUGACUCCCCGCCUCCGAGUCGUUUUGCGACGCCAAUUCUGUAUUCGGAUAGGAAACCGAUUUUGAAAAAGAGGACAGCGUCUGAAACCAUCCUCCAACGCUCUCUUUCUCAACAUACACUUCUGCAGCACGCAGGAGCUAUCUUGAAAGCACAGGAAGCGGAGACAUAUCGAAGCCGACCGUCUUUUCAGCGCUGUCCAUCGGACCUAGGGCAGGUGCCUCAUCAACUGGCCGCCACUCUUAUUUCAGCAUCUUUCCGUGGUACGACAACCGAGACAACGUCGUCAGGCAUUGGGUCACCCAGUGAAAAACGACAUAUUCAUUUUAAUAAUGAGGUAGUGCAAUGUAUUGCAGUCGAAGCCAAGGGAGACGAAGAAGAAGAAGAAGAAGAAGAAGAAGAAGAAGAAGAAGAAAAAGAAGAAGAAGAAGAAGAAGAUGACGAUGAUGAUGAUGAAGGGCCAGUGGCCUGUGGUGACUUUCCGGACGAUGGUGUCGUGAUGAUGAAACGGAUUGAUCCUAACAUGGGUCGAAGCGAUCGGGGCACACCUCGUGGCAGUGUUACUGGUGACAACAAAACCAUAGCCCCACUUCCCUCAACGACAUUGAAGUAUCGCGGCGAUACCCCUGAGCCUCCAGCAGGCUCGAUAAUUGACCGUUGGUCCUACUAUUUCUCUUCGUCAUCUUCUUCGGAAAAGAAUCACCGAUACUCCACUUCCGCCAAUUUCCUCUUGGACGAAGAUGACAGUGAAUAUACCUUCGAUUGGAGCUCAAGCUGUGCUUCCCAGGCUCCAUCCGACUCCAGCCGUCCCUGGUUUGUCAACCCAGAAGAUGAAGAAGAGCUCGACCACUACUUUGGCUCAACGUCACCGGGGACCUCUACUCCUCCGGAAGAUGAGGAGAGACUAAAUAGCAGCAUUCUUGAGCGCGUUAUCGAUACAAUGAAUACAGCCAAGGACAUUGCUCACGUGAUAUGGAACGUGGGUUGGCGACGGUGA